AUGCAGAAAAUAACACAGAAAGUCCUGUUCGAGAGAGGGACUCCUGAAACCAGUAAACUGGACCAGAUCAAGACUCUGAAUCUCUCGCAGAUGGAGCUGAAGAGCACGGAUCUGCCCGUCUCCCUGCUGUCUCGGCUCUGCCGUCUGGAACGGCUGGACCUGUCUGGAAACAGGCUGCAGGAGCUCCCGCGGGGUUUGACCCUGCCCUGUCUCAGAGUGCUAGACUGCUCUAACAACGACAUGGAGGAUGUGACAUCGCUCCAAGACCUGGGCAGCCUAGAGGAGCUACGGUUAGAGGACAACCUGUACCUUACAGUUAAUGAUGAACACAAGGCGAUGUUUCUUCUGCCCAACCUGAGGAUUUUUAACGGCAAAGAUGUCAGCGCAACGGCUCGUCACAUUCGCUAUGUCAGCAGUGAGAUUCUCCGGAAACGGGUGGAGAUGAUUGCGAAAGAACACCUCCGAUCCUUGACUGGAUCCGGUGAAAAACAGAGAGAAGCGGAAACCCUUGCUGGAUCUAAAGAGAAUGGGGCGGAGAACACUCCUGCCAAGAGGAAGAGUUGUGAUUUGGGAACUGACGGCAACGCGGGAGGUUCCGUGAAAAGAGCAAAAACGAACGGAGAAGCCGUAGCAGAAGCGAGCCCGCGAAAAUCGAAUCGCUUAGCUAAUGCGGCCGUGCCGGAGGCUAGCCCCCGAAAAUCCAGUCGCCUGCAGGGCACCCCUCAGAAGGUUUCCCAGACGACACCCAGCCCCCGAAAAGCACUUAGGAUGAACGAUGCACCUACUGCCGAGGACAGCCCACGGAAAUCGAGCCGUCUUCAGGGUACGCCGCAGAAAAACGGACAUGUUGCCGCUAGCCCUAGAAAGGUCCCCAAGAGUCAAAGCAUUUCCAACGGGAAGCCAAUAGCUGGAGAGGAGAGUCAGUCAAAAAAACCGAGAGAUCACUCAACAUCACAGCAGGGGAGGCAGACAAGGACCCCCACCAAGACAGGGACCUCUGCACAUCAGGAGACUGAUAUCAAGUCUGAUGUACCUAAGGAGCCAGCGUGUCUGCGACCAAUCCACGUCCUGCAGUGCCACAGUAAAGACGACAGUCCAGAGGACUUCCGCACCCAGCUGUGGGCCUGUGCGUUUGAGCCUUCGCAGGACAAUAGAGAUGCCAGUGGCUGGACCCAUACAGUAGCAACCUGUGGAGGUGAUUCUGUGUGUGUGAUAGACUGUGAAACAGGGCGUGUACUUAAGAAAUACAAAGUCCCUGGUGAGGAGUUCUUCUCUGUGGCCUGGUCCACAGUGAUGAUGUCACGUGAGGUCGGGGGUCUUCGCCCCUGUAGCAUUUUGGCAGCGGCGGGGAAGAGGGGCGUGGUGAAGCUAAUCCACCCCAGGGCUAACCUGGCGUACGGAGAGUUCCGCGCCAGCCGGCGUGCAGUCUCCAUCCUGCGCUUCAGCCCACGGCGGGCGAGCUUCCUCUUCACUGGAGCCUAUGAUAAUAAAGUGAUUAUGUGGGACAUUGGUGGAGUGGACCGUGACUAUAACUUCAAAGUGAGUCAGCUGCUCGUCCUGGAGACGAGCUCCACUCCUCUACAGCUGUGUCUGCCUCCAUCCUCUCCAGACACACACCUCAUGACCGCCUGCGAAGACGGCCUGUACUGCUUCGACACUCAGCUAAGCAAAAACACACAGAAGAAGGCCGAGAAGAUGGAGAUUGUAUUUCCUGUUUACAAGAAGAAGGACAAGACCGGCGACUACCGCACUAUAGAUGGACUGGGUUUCCUGUCAGAUGACAUAGUGGCAUCUAAAAGUCACAUGCAAGGAUCCAUCUACCUGUGGAGCUGGAAUCGGACAUGGGCAUCGCGCCCGGGCAAGAAGAGGGAGGUGCCCGCUGUUAUCUUGGCAGAACUGCAAUGGGCCAGCACAGACAUUCCCUACCUGUCUCUGAGCACCUGCCCAGAUUACGGUUAUGUGGUAUGUGGCGAUGAGAAGGGGAGACUGUGGACAUACCACAUCACAGAGAGUAUGAAGUCCAAAUUUAAGAGUGGAAAAGUAAUACCCGCUACUGAGGUCUUGGAAUGGCCAUCCCCUGUUAGAACUGGAAUGAGCCCAAUAGAAGGGCCUUCCAUCAACAACGUUGCCAUGGAUCCAGAACUCCGCUAUCUGGUUGCCCUUAGUGACAAGAACAUGGCUGUGAUUUGGAGGAGAGAGGACGUCUAA